GACGAGUAGGGUCGGGUUGAUCCACUAAUAAAAAAUUAUAGGUAUAUAUCCAGCAGCAAAAUUCUUGACUGUCAUACAGGCUCCCCACCCUUGCGAGAGAUUCCAAAACUGAUUCCAUUAUUCGGUCAACCACAACAGAAUCCUUCAUGAACUCCGCUGAACUCCAAGACGACAAUGAGUUGUCCCCUAAACUAAGUGACGAGGAGGCCGAUCGCCUCUUAACAACAACAGCUUCAUCGGACGACGAAGAGGCGGCCUUCGAUUCACGAGAAAAAAUUCUGAUUGCUGAUGUGGACUCCUUAGACGUUGACCACGUACCGCCUUUCUCGUGGAAAAAACUGUGGCUGUUUACGGGGCCUGGUUUUUUAAUGAGCAUAGCGUUUCUGGAUCCUGGGAAUUUAGAGGGAGAUCUCCAAUCGGGGGCUAUAGCUGGGUACUCGCUUCUUUGGCUGUUAAUGUGGGCCACGAUCAUGGGUUUGUUGAUACAGUUACUUUCGGCUCGAGUUGGGGUGGCAACCGGCCGGCAUUUGGCGGAGCUGUGUAGAGAUGAGUAUCCGAAUUGGGGCCGCUACGUGUUGUGGUUCAUGGCUGAAGUAGCGUUGAUUGGGGCGGAUAUUCAGGAGGUUAUUGGUAGUGCUAUUGCAAUUCAGAUUUUGAGUAAUGGGGUGUUGCCGCUCUGGGCUGGUGUUUUAAUUACGGCCUCCGAUUGUUUCGUAUUUUUACUUCUAGAGCACUAUGGCGUGAGAAAAUUAGAAGCUGUUUUUGCGGUUCUGAUUGCGACAAUGGCUUUAUCAUUCGCCUAUAUGUUUGGGGACACACAACCCAGUGGGAAGGAACUUUUAUUGGGUAUUUUGGUUCCAAGGCUGAGCUCAAAAACUAUUAGGCAAGCUGUGGGCGUUGUGGGAUGUGUCAUUAUGCCUCAUAAUGUGUUUUUGCAUUCUGCUUUGGUACAAUCAAGGAAUAUUGACCCCAACAAGAAAGGCCGUGUUCAGGAAGCACUAAACUAUUACUCAAUUGAGUCAUCCCUUGCCCUCUUAAUUUCCUUCAUGAUCAACUUAUUUGGAACAACUGUUUUUGCGAAGGGAUUUUAUGGUACUGAGCAAGCUGACAGAGUAGGAUUAGUAAAUGCUGGACAAUAUCUUCAGGAGAAGUAUGGAGGAGGAUAUCUGCCAAUUCUUUACAUCUGGGGUAUUGGGUUAUUGGCAGCUGGACAAAGUAGUACAAUAACUGGAACUUAUGCUGGUCAGUUUAUCAUGGGAGGUUUUCUCAACAUUCGUUUAAAGAAAUGGCUGAGGGCACUAAUUACAAGGAGCUGUGCAAUUGUGCCGACUAUAAUUGUAGCUCUCAUAUUUAACACUUCUGAGUCUUCAUUGGAUAUUCUAAAUGAAUGGCUAAAUGUGCUUCAGUCUAUGCAAAUUCCUUUCGCACUUAUCCCUCUUCUCACCUUGGUGUCCAAGGAGCAGAUAAUGGGAGUCUUCAAGAUUGGGCCUUUUUUGAAGAGACUUGCGUGGACUGUGGCUGCUCUGGUGAUAGUCAUUAAUGGUUAUUUGUUGCUGGAUUUCUUUUUAUCUGAAGUUAAGGGACUCUUGUUUGGAUUUCUUGUCUGUGCUGCAACUGUUGGUUAUAUAGCAUUCAUCAUUUAUCUAGUCACUCGUAGUGGUGACCUUUCUUCAAAAUGGCUAAGUUUAGAAAUGUCGAAGAGAUUCACAUAUCCUGGAAAUUGAGUCUAACAGGAACAAUGAAAUUGCAGAAACUUGCUGCUGUUGAUUAAAGCCAGCCAUAUACAGCAUGAAGAUUGUCUAUCCACUGUUUCAAAAGCUAAGCAAUGCAUUUUAGCUUAGCUUGAUUACCGCUAACCUACAGCAUACCGAAAAUGAGUAUACAGAUUCAAAGACGUUCAAAGCAGUCAGCUUUUACUGCACCAUUUUGACAGUGCCGCGGUGGAGCUACAAGAAGUCAUGUUUGUCCAUUAAUGGCGGGAGGAUGAACAAAGCUUCUUGACAACCUUCAACUUAAAAGUAAAUUUUGUGUUGAGUUGUUCAUUGAUUGAGUAGCUUUGUACACAAGUUACAUAGACAAACUGGCUUUUCCAGUUACCCAGAACCGUUCAAUGAAAAAAGAAUUUUGGCAGGCUGCCAUUGUAAGUACUCA